GAAAAAAGUAGAGAGAGAAAAAGAUAUCUACCUUAGGGAAGAACCUCAGAGAGAGGGAGGGAAGGAGAGGACGGGUAGGAGCGUGUGUGCAUGUGUGUAAGAGACACUUAUUCUCUUAACUACUAGGAGACAGACACACUUUCCUGGCCCGACUCAAAGAAGGGGGAAAACAGGAGGAAGAUUUUUUUUUUUUUUUUUUUUUUCAAUAUCAUUUUAAUCUUCCCAUCAUUCAACAAUCAAGCUGCCCUAAAGCUUCUCCUCCUGGAAACUCUUCUUCACUGCCUGCUGGAAGUUCUAUGUAUUGAUCCAUUUACCCUCUCACACACUACAAGGCUUACCUCAUGGAUUUGUAUCUGAUUGGAUAUUUGAUGUGUGUGUGGUUGUCCAGCUCACGGGUGCUUGGAGGCUAUCCCAUCUGGUGGUCCCUGGCCCUUGGGCAGCAGUACUCGUCACUGGGCUCCCAACCCAUCCUGUGUGGCUCUAUCCCCGGCCUCGUGCCCAAGCAGCUGCGUUUCUGUCGCAACUACAUAGAGAUCAUGCCCAGCGUCGCAGAAGGAGUCAAGCUGGGGAUCCAGGAGUGCCAGCACCAGUUUAGGGGCCGGCGAUGGAACUGCACCACCAUUAAGGACAACCUGGCCAUCUUCGGCCCUGUGCUAGAUAAAGCAACCAGAGAGUCAGCGUUUGUCCACGCCAUAGCUUCAGCAGGCGUGGCGUUUGCAGUGACGCGCUCCUGCGCUGAGGGCACGUCCACCAUGUGCGGCUGCGAUUCCCACCACAAGGGACCCCCCGGCGAGGGCUGGAAGUGGGGCGGCUGCAGCGAGGACGCAGAGUUUGGGGUGCUGGUGUCCAGGGAGUUCGCCGACGCCAGAGAGAAUCGUCCAGACGCUCGCUCAGCGAUGAACAGACACAACAAUGAGGCGGGACGCACGACCAUCCUCGACCACAUGCACCUGCGCUGUAAAUGUCACGGCCUGUCAGGGAGCUGUGAGGUGAAGACAUGCUGGUGGGCGCAGCCAGACUUCCGCAUGCUUGGUGACUACCUGAAGGACAAGUACGACAGCGCCUCCGAGAUGGUGGUGGAGAAGCACCGCGAGUCACGCGGCUGGGUGGAGACACUGCGAGUCAAGUACAACUUCUUCAAGCAUCCCACCGAGCGCGACCUGGUCUACUACGAAGGCUCGCCCAACUUCUGCGAGCCCAACCCGGAGACGGGCUCCUUUGGGACGCGCGACCGAGCCUGCAACGUGUCGUCACAUGGCAUCGAGGGCUGCGACCUGCUGUGCUGCGGCCGCGGCCACAACACCCGGACUGAGAAGCGCAAAGAGAAGUGUCACUGCAUCUUCCACUGGUGCUGCUACGUCAGCUGUCAGGAGUGUGUGCGCGUCUACGACGUCCACACGUGCAAGUGAGAGAGAGAGAGAGAGAGAGAGAGAGAGAGAGAGAGAGAGAGAGAGAGAGAGAGAGAGAGAGAGAGAGAGAGAGAGAGAGAGAGAGAGAGAGGCCUCUGGCUGCUGGACUACUAAGUGCUGCCCACCCACCACUUCAACUCCCCACCUCCUGCACGACUUCCCUGCUUCCCCCAGACACAGACACUCUGCAUCCCACACAAAAACAAAUUCACCAGCACACACACUUAGACCCUAAUGGGUAAUAAUGGCACAUCAGCUAUGGAUACUAAAAACCCUGCCCUAGAAUCCGUCUUCCAAACCACUACACCCAUUUCCGUAAUAUCUGACCAGAAAGCAUCCUGUUGACCUGACUGAUCUCUACUCUGAGGUCUAAUCCGCUCUCAUGGGAAGAAGCUACAGUUGUGCCACUUUCCCCUGCAGCAUUUGGCCCCCUCCCCUCCCCUUCGUCUUUAUUUAUUUCCCCCCUCCAUGCCAACACAAUGUUUAUGGCAUGUACAGUAACACUUUUUACCUGUGAGAUUAAUGCAGUAAAAAAAACUUUCAGACUCUUUGCUUUUGGAUUAAAAAAAAAGCAUCUUUCUAACUAACACCUCACUUGUCCGGCCAGUCUGGCUGGUUUACCUUUUUGUUUUUUAAACUAAACCAACCUCUACACCGUCACUUAAGUGACACUGAACACGUCGGCAGCCCCAGGAAACCAUCACUUUGUAACUACUGAACUGAACAGGUGUUGGAAGUGCCACAGUCCUGUCCUUUUGUAAACUACUGAGCUGAUGAAAUCCUCAGUGUUGCUGCUCUCCCUGCUGACUGACUCUACUGCACCAGUCAACCGGGAAGCCUGGAAGAUACAGUAUAUGCUACAGUCUGAUUUUAUAGCCCUGCAUUUUUUUUUUUGAAAUAUUACCAUAGGGCUGGGACUGGAGGUAUGCAGCAUGUGUGUGAACAAGCAUGCUCAUUCCACUAACUAACAACCCUACACAUGUACAUGUAUGCACUAUUCAGUUACGCCAGGUGGUAACGAUUUGAGCAUUGUUUAUGCGAGCAAAUUCUUCUUCAAUGCAAGCUAGCAGUUCUUAUGAAUGACGACUUUGUUUCCCGCAUUCGGGCACGAUCAACCUGUAAAUUGCUCAUGAUUUCCACAUGAUGCAACACAGUCGUACAUGAUUCAAUCUAAAGGAGUGAUGCGGUGAAAAGGACCAGCGUUCACAUUAUUUGGAUGAUUUGUGGCCGUUUCAUUUAUACAUGUAUGCAUCAAAUGUGAGUCAAGCUUCAGCAUGCUUAAUAUUAAUUCUGGUCUUAUGAGCAAAGUGAUUAUUGGGAGAUCUUAUUAUCUAACACUUCAGGCAUUCAUCAGGUCCAUCUGAGAGACUUUUUGUCUGACGCAAAUCUUUCUUUUAUCUCUGGUAAAAAAAAAAAAAAAAAAAAGAAAAAAAAAAAAGGGAGACAUGUCCAGACCAGAGGUUCUGAUUGGCUUUCACGCCCUCCCUUCCUCCUCUCCAUAAUUUCUUUCAGUUGGACAGUUGAAGUUUUUAACAAGCCUGAUUUAUGAACUUGUACUCUUUUCAGUACACCCCAAAAACACUCCUGCCUCGCGGUUUGGGAGAUAUCGGUAGAACAAUACAGUCUUUUAUAA